AUGACGGAAAUCGACAUGUCAACAAGUAGCGACGGGACGUUAGCCUAUAGCAAAUCUUCUUCGUAUAACACAUCUUCCCAGUCUGGAGCCUCUUUCAAUGGCUCCAGUGAUAGCUCGCCGCCAUCAAUAGGCAAAGGUACGUGGCGUGUCAAAACCUCCUUUUUGCUUCAAUCGGCUUACCUUUCCAUUUUCUUCAACGCAGCCGACACAUCUUUAUCCAUCAACGGUGACGAAGAUCAUUACUCGGCAUUCAUCGAUCCAGCGCUGGGCACGCCUCAAUUCAUGACAGACCUGACUGCUUGGACACCUAGCCUGGACCAAGAGAUGUGCACAGUUGCUCGUGAUCGCUUACCAGAAGCAUCAUUGAAAGGCAGCGAGUUACAGGGAUUUGAUAUAUGCUUCUGCGUGGACCUAGUCCUCGCCGCGAAUGCGACAAUGCUAGUUAAAUCAGUUUGGGGGAUUUCGCUCAAUUGCUUCAGCACAUCCAGUAUUGAUGAUAUGUUUCAGUGUCAAAAGAAUGUAUUGACUAGCUGCGAGACGCUGCUGGGGUGUAGCAAGUGCAGCUUGAGGUCGGACUACGUUGUGUUGGUCAUUUCCAUGUGUCGAGAGAUGGUGAGCUGCGUCAAAGUCUUGGAGUCGAUUACCUCGCCCGAGACGCAAAGUGGAAGCUCAGAGAAACCAGAUCUGGAUUCCAAGGCAAACUUGGAAGCCGGCGGGUGGCGACUCGACGACGAAGACGAGAUUGAGAUUAUACGGCACCUGAUCAAAGUCCGCAUCACGAAACUACGGAAACUAAUCGAUCAGCUUGAGCAUAUCGUUACGGCGCACUAUCCAUCCUAUACAUGGGUUGUUGGCUCUCUUAAACAAAAUCUGGAAACCACGCUCGGUUCAAUAGGCGAAUAA